CACAUUCCAGCCCUACCAACGCAACCUGUCAAGUUGGCAUGUGUAGAAGGCUGAAGCUGCAACUUUCUUUCUUCCACUUCCACACAAAAAGAAGCCAUUUCCAUCCAUGGAGUUUCCUACUUAUCAAUAUCAGCUAUCUCCCUGGCACCACCUCUUUCCUUCUCCCGCCAUUUUUUCUCAUCCUAUCAUUCCUCAAAACCAUGUACACUGGACUCAGACCCCAGAGUCUCAAAACCAGUUAAAUGUUAUAGGUGUGAGGAAAGAGGAGAUCAAAGUUGAAGUUGAAGACUCAACAUACCUCAUAAUUCGAACAGAGGCCAUUGAUGAAUCAAGAUCGCCUUCGAAGAGGUUCAUGAGAAAAUUUAGGCUUCCGGGUAUGGUUAAUGUUGAUGGAAUAACAGCUGCUUACGAAGAUGGGGUGUUGAGAAUCAGUGUCCCAAGGAGGGGUUUCUUUAUUCAUCCUGCUUGUCCACCGCCAACACUUGAACUUCUAGCAAGAGCUGCUUAAUUACCUAGUUUAAGUAGAUUAAUUAACAAAAAAUUAUCAAUAAUUAAUUUUCAUUUAUGGAAUGGUUUCUUUAUUGAUUUGGAACUUUGUACCAUUAUUUAUUGAACUCCGUAAUAAAGUUGUAGUUUCAUGUAUGAAUAAUA